AAGAAAUUUGAUUGUGUUUCAGUAAUUCUUCUUACACUACUGUGUAAUUGUUAAUAGAGUACAUAGAGAGCACGAUGAAAAGAAAGCUGCUAUGGAACUUCCAAACCACUCUGAUCCAAAACCUUUUAUGAAAUGGAGGAGUUAUUUGUUGUUGUUGGUUUUCUAUUGGUGUGAAAUUGCCGAGGAAUAGAUAAUUAUGUUUCACUGUGCUCCAAAUCAGCAACUGUCAGUGACAGAAAGCAUUAGAAGUAAUGAAGUGACAUGGAGCAAAGCGUGUGUCCUGUUCCUUCAGGAGCAGAGAGAGACCAGCACUGCUGUGUGAACACAGAAAUGUUGCUGGGAGAGUACAGCAGCACAGAGGAACAACAGGACUCCGAGACAUGAAAACAGUGUUUAAAUACAGCUAUUUAACUGAUUUACUGUUUAACUGAUUGUGCAAGUCCACAGCCAUGUAUACACAGCGAUAAGCCCUUUUGCUUUUGAAGUUCUAAAGCCUUCACCCAUCUUCUGUUGCUCGAUAGCUCGUUAUUUUCAAACUGACUGCAGAGCACUGUCGUGAACUCUUCAUCAGUUGUUUUUCCUUUUGCAGCAGUGUGAGCUACCAGAUGAAGUUCCAUAUCAGUGCAUCCCUUCUGCAUGUAAGUUCUGCUGACCAUUGCUUUCAGUGUGGUGUUUCAUAAGCAGAAUGAUGUAGAAAGAUGAGACAGGAUUAUCAAUGUCUGUGUGUCCAACAGUCAGUUUGGUUGUUGUCUGCCUACAAAACAGUGAUGGUCAUGUUCCUGGAAGUACAUGAAGGUCAUUCCACAUUUCUACCAAUGCCAGGAGCUCUUCUUUCAUGUGAAAAAAUAUAACAGUAAUCAUUGCUCGUGUUUUGUUCCUCUUCUCCUUGCAGGUUCCAAACUUGUGAUUGUUCUGACGGAGGGCAAUCUUAUCAGUGAAAUUACAUAUUAUAAUGCUUGAAUGAAGUAUAUAAGCUUUGAUAAAUGUUUUGAGCACUAAUAGAGCUGAUAAUCAAGUUCUUGCGAUGCUCCUGGUGAUGGUAUGUAUGUCAACUGCCACAGCACGUCAGGUGCCAGGGAUCAAAAGUCACAGACUUUGAAAUGCCAUUACUCACAAUGAUGACUUACUUUCAUCUUGCAUUCCUUGUACAGCAAACAUAAGCCUUGAUGUUUCUCUUGCUGUAACAAUAAACAAACUGCUGAUGUGAUGGUAGCCCUACUACUUUUUUUGUCCUUGUUUUUUCACACAUUUUCGAACCUGAGAAUGUAAUGGUAAGUCUCAAGACAGGCACAUGGCACACAGCUAUACAUACACUGUGCAGUCAGUGCUAGCGUGAGGCAGUAAAUCCAGACAUAGCUGGGUGACAUCAGCUGCUGGAUGCUGGUUGCUAAUUUCUCCACAAUCACCGCUUUCAGUGGACUUUUCUAGAAACCUAUUAUGGUACUUGUGUGUUCUCUUGUACUUAAAUGCAGAAGGUCUAGUGGCAUGGAAGUAUGAUAACGUUAGAGGGAGUUAUCUUCCUAAUCAGAUUGAAGAGAUUGAUUUAAAUAUAGUAUCAAAAACUGAGAUGCAGGCUGCAUGAUUUUCUGCUGUCAGCAUUUAGGACUGCCUAAUAUUUUCUUACCACAACAGUCCCUUCUAAAGACUCUGUCCCUUUCUUUCUUGCAGCCCCCCUUCAGAUACUGAAAGGCUGCUCUCAGGUCUCCCUGCAGCCUUCUCUUCUCCAGGCUGAACAGCUCCAGCUCUCCCAGCUGUCUUCAGAGAGGGUGGCAUUCCAUCCCCGGGAUCACUUUUGUGGCCCUCCUCCAGAGGUACUCUAACAGAUCCCCGUCUCCUGUACUGAGAACUCAGGACACAGUACUCCAGGUAAGGCCUCAGCAGAGCAGAGUAGAGGGACAGGAUCACCUCCCUCGCCCUGCUGGCCACGCUUCUUUUGAAGAGAAGGUUCCAGGGAGACCCUGAGCAUGGCCUUUCAGAAUGUAAAGGAUGGCUGUAAGGAUGGGGACAGACUCUUUAGCAGGGUCGUGACAGGACAAGGGGAAGCAGUUGCAAACUAAAAGAGGGAACAGUUUUAUUCAAAAUGAGAACAAAGUUCCUUCUGAUAAGGAUGAUGGAGCACUGGCACAGGCUGCCCGGAGAGGCGGUGGAUGCUCCAUCCCUGAUCGAAGGUCGGGUUGGAUGGGGCUGUGAGCACCUGAUGGAGCUGUAGGUGUCCCUGCUCACUGCAGGGGAGUUGGACUAAAGGGCCCUUAUGAGCCUGUUCCAACUCAAAGAAUUCUAUGAUUCGAUGUCUCUUUUGCAUCACGGCAAUUGUUAGUCCGUAUUCUCCUGCACUAAACUUCGAAUAAGAUGGCCAGAGAUGACCCCGCUGUGCGAGUCAGCACACGGCUGGAUUUCCGAGACAGGACACUCACAUCAGCGUCACGUCGAACGGGCAGCAGAGAGCUCGUCACGUCGCCACAUCUCGCUGAAAGAGACAGCACAAGCCGCCAGGAGCGAAGCGGCGCGAGCACGGCGAAAGAUCGCUCGCACCUCGCCGUGAGGAAGAGGAGGCGGCGGCGGAAGGGCGCACCCCGCUCGCUCCGGCCGUGCCGCGCUUCCCGCCCGAUGGGGCCCGAGGAGGCGGGCGGAGGCGGCGGGCGGGGCGCCCCUUCCCGUGACUGCGCGGCUCCUCCCUUCCCCCCGCCCACCUCCCCGCUCCUCAGUGCCGCCGAGUAACCUGGUUUCCCGGCGUCGGCCCGGCCCUCUUCCCUUUUUUUUUUUUUUUUUUUUUUUCUUCUUCUUCUCUCUCUCUUUUUUUUUUUUUUUUUUUUUUUUUCCCUCCCCUCUCCCCUCCUCCCCUUUUCUUUUCCUCUCCCCUCCCUUCUCUUUUCUUCUCCUCCCCCUUCUCCCAACAGCGUAACCGCCGCUCGGGCUUCUCUCCCUCCCUUUCCCUCCCUUUCCCUCCCCUUCGGCCGCCGCCGCCGUAGGGACCUGAAGAGAGGCGCCGCCUCCGCCGCCGCGCACGGAACCAUGUACCCGGGAGCCAGCACCGCCGGACCCGUGCUUGCACCUCCUCCACCGUUGCCACCACCAGUACAGGGAUAUGCCUUCAAACCUCCUCCUCGCCCAGAUUUUGGGACUUCUGGGAGAACAAUCAAACUGCAGGCCAACUUCUUUGAAAUGGACAUUCCUAAAAUAGAUAUCUACCAUUAUGAGUUGGAUAUAAAGCCAGAAAAAUGUCCAAGAAGAGUUAACAGAGAAAUAGUGGAGCAUAUGGUUCAGCACUUUAAAACACAGAUUUUUGGGGAUCGCAAGCCAGUGUUUGAUGGAAGAAAAAACCUUUAUACAGCUAUGCCACUUCCCAUUGGAAGAGAUAAACAGGUGGAGUUGGAGGUCACGUUGCCAGGGGAAGGGAAGGACAGAAUAUUUAAGGUGGCCAUAAAGUGGAUGUCCUGUGUGAGUUUGCAGGCAUUGCAUGAUGCUCUUUCUGGCCGGCUGCCGAGCGUCCCGUUUGAAACCAUCCAGGCACUGGAUGUCGUGAUGAGGCACUUGCCUUCCAUGAGAUAUACUCCAGUGGGGAGAUCUUUUUUUACAGCAUCAGAAGGGUGCUCAAAUCCAUUAGGUGGUGGCAGAGAAGUUUGGUUUGGAUUCCAUCAAUCAGUCAGACCUUCCUUGUGGAAAAUGAUGUUAAACAUUGAUGUAUCGGCAACUGCAUUUUACAAAGCACAGCCAGUUAUUGAGUUUGUAUGUGAAGUUUUGGAUUUCAAAAGCAUUGAAGAACAACAAAAACCUCUGACAGAUUCCCAAAGGGUAAAGUUUACCAAAGAAAUAAAAGGUCUAAAGGUGGAGAUAACACACUGUGGACAAAUGAAAAGAAAGUACAGAGUGUGCAAUGUCACCAGACGACCAGCAAGUCACCAAACAUUCCCACUUCAGCAGGAGAAUGGACAAACAGUUGAAUGCACUGUAGCUCAGUAUUUUAAGGACAGGCACAAAUUAGUUUUACGCUAUCCUCACCUUCCAUGUUUACAAGUUGGGCAGGAGCAGAAGCACACCUACCUUCCUCUUGAGGUGUGCAACAUAGUGGCAGGACAAAGAUGCAUCAAAAAACUCACCGACAAUCAAACUUCCACUAUGAUUCGAGCAACUGCCAGAUCAGCACCUGACCGUCAGGAAGAGAUCAGCAAAUUGAUGCGGAGCGCGAGUUUUAACACUGACCCUUACGUUCGUGAAUUUGGGAUAAUGGUGAAGGACGAAAUGACAGAUGUGACUGGUAGAGUCCUACAGCCUCCCUCAAUCCUCUAUGGAGGCAGGAAUAAAGCAAUUGCUACACCGGUUCAAGGAGUUUGGGACAUGAGGAAUAAACAGUUUCACACUGGAAUUGAAAUAAAGGUUUGGGCAAUUGCAUGCUUUGCUCCCCAGCGCCAAUGCACUGAGGUGCAUCUUAAGACUUUCACAGAGCAACUGAGGAAGAUUUCCAGAGAUGCAGGAAUGCCAAUCCAAGGGCAGCCAUGCUUUUGUAAAUAUGCCCAGGGAGCUGACAGCGUGGAGCCCAUGUUCAGGCAUCUCAAGAACACCUACACUGGUCUGCAGCUCGUUGUAGUAAUUUUACCAGGAAAAACACCAGUCUAUGCGGAGGUGAAGCGUGUUGGUGACACAGUGCUGGGAAUGGCUACGCAGUGUGUUCAGAUGAAGAAUGUGCAGAGAACAACACCUCAGACUCUGUCUAACCUCUGCUUAAAAAUAAACGUCAAGUUAGGAGGUGUAAAUAAUAUUUUACUGCCACAGGGGAGACCACCAGUAUUCCAACAGCCUGUCAUAUUCCUUGGUGCAGAUGUAACCCAUCCUCCAGCUGGAGAUGGAAAAAAGCCCUCCAUUGCUGCAGUUGUAGGAAGCAUGGAUGCUCAUCCCAAUCGCUACUGUGCCACUGUUCGGGUCCAGCAGCACCGCCAAGAAAUCAUCCAAGAUUUGGCUGCCAUGGUCAGGGAGCUGCUGAUUCAGUUCUACAAAUCAACCAGAUUCAAACCGACUCGUAUCAUUUUCUACAGAGAUGGAGUUUCUGAGGGGCAGUUUCAGCAGGUUCUCCAUCAUGAACUGCUGGCUAUCAGAGAAGCAUGUAUUAAACUAGAGAAGGAUUACCAGCCUGGAAUUACAUUUAUAGUUGUGCAGAAAAGACAUCACACCAGACUCUUCUGUACAGAUAAAAAUGAGCGGGUUGGAAAAAGCGGGAACAUUCCAGCUGGUACCACAGUGGACACAAAAAUCACCCAUCCAUCAGAGUUUGACUUCUACCUGUGUAGUCACGCUGGUAUUCAGGGAACAAGCAGACCUUCACAUUACCACGUCCUCUGGGAUGACAAUCGUUUCUCUUCAGAUGAGCUGCAGAUUCUUACCUACCAGCUGUGUCAUACGUACGUACGCUGUACUCGUUCAGUUUCCAUCCCUGCACCAGCAUAUUACGCACACCUGGUUGCCUUCAGAGCCAGGUAUCAUCUGGUGGAUAAAGAACAUGACAGUGCUGAAGGCAGCCACACUUCGGGUCAGAGUAAUGGCAGAGAUCAUCAAGCACUUGCAAAAGCAGUUCAGGUUCACCAGGACACGUUGCGCACGAUGUACUUUGCUUGACAUGUUUCAAUGUUUAGCGACUCAGUACGGCACUGAGUUGGAUUCACGUGAGACCAGCUGCACUUAGACCAACAGUUGCCCAAGCUCCAGUGACAGCCAGCAAUGAGUGAUGUAUCUUCAUUUUUAUUUUUCCCCCCUUUUUGCAGGAAAGCCUUCCGUCCAGAAUUUCAGACUUGGUUAUGAACUGCAUUCUUUACAAAGCCCCACGAUUGUUGGAAAUGUGGUUUGCCAAAAUCUCUUAAGCUGCCUGUUAUAAAACAGACCCAUAUUUUAUAAUUAAAUCAAGAGCUGUGAUCUCAGGGCUUAGGGGAAAAAAACAAAACACAAAACUCUUCAUUGUUUGCUAUUCAUUUAAUUGCUUUUAAUAAUUUGGAGAGAUCUAAUUCAUACUAAAGUUAAUGGGCUAAAAUGCUGUGAAUUAGCUUUUAAUACAAAGGAAAGCAGAGCAUUUUUUGACUAUUCAUGAAGCCUUGGUUUCAUUCUAGAUGCAUUUCCAAAAGUUUUAUUUUCAAAAGAAAAGAAUGACAAAAUUCUGCUUUCCAGCUGUCUUACAAAGAUUUUUUUCUCUGCGUGUCUAAGGGCAAAUGUAUUUUCUGAAGCUUGUUCUUGAAUGUUUUUUAUUGUGCUGCAUUUAAAAAUGUUUUUCAUAGACUAAAGAAGAAUUUUAAAGCAGAAUGAAUGAACUUGUACCUGAACUUUUAAUAGGCGCAGUCAGAUUGGCAGAAGAAGAGGUGCCAUUUUUAAGAAAAGAAAAAGAAUUUAAGGUGGUUGUUUUUUUUUGUUUUUCAAUCAUACUGACAGCUAACUUUAGAAUUUGUCAUACAGGACUGUGACACUCUCCAAAGUCUCUAAGGAAUACGGGUCUGUGGUGAUAAAUACAGUACAAUCCUC